GCCGAGAAAAAUUUGUCCGUCACUAUUUUGUGUUCGUGUGGAAAACAACUAUAGAGUCGGUGGGAGCUGUUUGGAGAUUUAAUGAGUCUGCGAUUCUCUAUCUGCCAGCAUUACGACGUUUAGAGGUUUUACGAUAUAUUGAGAUUAACACACGGUUGUUAACCGCAGCAAGAAGCUUUAAAAGUGGCAACAUGCAACAGCUGUGGGUGCUAAUUUGACUAGCAAAAACGUUAGCUGUGUAAGCAAGAGUUUUCCAGUGAUCCUUUGAUCAUGUUGGGACUUUUAACGCCCCACAGUUCUACUCGAUAUGUUCAAAUAUUUCUCAGAUCAUUCAAACAAACAAGCAGACGUAGAUGUCUGUCAGUCAGUUGUCAGUCUCAUGAGUACAUCAGGAGAUUUAUCUCAGAGAACACAGAGAUAGGUGGAGAGCAGAGCCUGACUCCAGAGAUCAAACUGAGACUUUUCACCCCAAACUGUAGAUUCUGGCGAGAAAGACCAGAGCUCUGGCCUUUCGAUGACCCGUACUGGGCCAUAUAUUGGCCAGGAGGACAGGCGCUCUCGAGGUAUCUCUUGGAUAACCCUGGAGUGUGUAGGAGUAAGACAGUUCUGGAUCUGGGAAGCGGCUGUGGAGCCUCAGCCAUCGCUGCAAAACUAUGUGGUGCUGCUCACGUAGUUGCGAAUGACAUUGACAAUGUUGCAGCCGUUGCAACCCACAUGAACUGUGAGCUGAACAGCCUGGAGCCACUUCUUUGUCUCAGUAACAACAUGAUUGGUUCACAAGUUAAGGGCUUUGACAUGAUCCUACUGGGUGACAUGUUCUAUGAUGAGUCCCUCGCCACCAGUCUUCACAGCUGGUUGGACCACUGCAUCAAAGCCCACAGCACCCAAGUCCUGAUUGGAGACCCUGGAAGAGCCCAGUUUGAGGAACAUGGCAUUCGAGGACAUCUGCGGCAGCUGGCUCAGUUUGAGCUGCCAGAGUUCGUCAGAGAGGAGAACUAUGGUCUGACUCGCAGCAGUGUUUGGUGCUACUGUCCUGAACUCUGAGGACAGGUUUAUGUUUUGGUAGGGGUCCCAAACUCUACUAAGAUAUCGAUUACACAGGAUGAGGAGAGGGUCGUUUCUCCUCCUCUCUUGGAUUCUUGGAAAACUGAGGUCAUUGGAUGAGUUCCAGAUGUGUACCCCUCUUUUGUUGUAAACAAAUACCCUACAUAAGCAUAUGACUAGAGACCUUUCAGUAGUGCGAUCUUCAUUUGGCCUGGAUACACUCACAUGCAUGUAUUUGAUGCUAUGCUUUUUUGUAAUAAACCGGUAUCAGCGGA